AUGAGGUUACACAGGAGAGUAAGGACCCUUGGCUAUGAUGAGAAGGAGCCUGAAUUUGCCCACACCGAUACUGCAAGGAUCCACCUCCCUCCACCACACCCCAUCCCCGUGGACAAGGAUGCUCCGCAGCCACGUCAGGGCCUCCCAAAGAACAUUGGACCUUUGGACCUUGGUCAGAGCGAAAGGGAAGCUGCUGAAGAGAGGGUAGUUGAGCCAGGUCCUAAGCCGAAGCUGCUCAGGGUUUGCUUUGACUGGGCUUUGGGACCUGCCUCCACAGCAGAUAAACUCUUGAGUGCCCAGCCUCAGGGCUCUGGGCACCCGGGGCUUAGACAUCGCCACGUGCUCAGGGCUGCCGUGUCCCAACUCUGCAUUUGGGGGCGGCUUGAGCGCGCAUGCACUGUCACACGGCGCGUGCUUCUUGGUCCCCGCGUCCGAGACGUUCUAAGGCUAUCCGAAGGACAGAACUCUGUGAGGUCCCACAGAACACCCACACUCGACCCUUCCUCGGGCAUUAGACCUGAGGACGUCCGGGCCUGCGGGGCCAGGCAGAGCAGCUACAGGAAAACACAGGGCCGGACGGACCUGAGCGCCAGCUGGCUCCAGAGAGCCGGGGCACACCGGCGCUUCCAGAGAGGUGGAGAGUAUCUGUUAAUAGCUGGCUCCCAGCUGGGGAUGCAGAAGGAGGAGAUUGAGAUGGAGAAGGCAAAGGAGCCAGAGUCCCUGGCAGUCUCCUACUGGGUACUCCGCUUCCUCCUCCAGCCUCUCCAACCUGCUUCCAGGAUAGCAGGUCCCCCGAAAUCCCGAACGUCUUGUAGAUCAAAGCGCGGUGCAGUGGGGAUUGGCGGUUUGGAGCUACAGAAUCCGGAACAGAAGGGUGCGUUUAAGACAAAGGAGACAGACUUGGGACUCCUGUGGCCUUCCACCCAGAUGUGUCUUUCUACCCUUUCUCUGUCCAGACACUUUAAGGCACCACUGUCGCCCGCAGCUGGGAGACCUUGGAGCGCUAAGGAAAGAAACAAAGGGACAUGGCCCUUACUGCAGUCACAGGGUUUCCUUCGUGACACUAGCCACAAUAAAUUAAGCCUUUAGGAGAUUAAUUUCCCAACAUAAUCCAAUUAAAAGAUUUCUAAACUAAUCUUUUACCAAAA